AUGGACCCCAUCGACGUCAAGCCUGCUGCGGCAGGCUCGGACACGAGCUCCGAGAAGCUCAAGAACGAGUCGAGCGACAAGGACGGCGUCGAGGUCUCCAACGUCGCCUACGUGCUCAAGGGUGAUCGUGCCGAUGCCGACUAUGCCGGCGAGACGCCCGAGCCCGAGGAAGGCCACGUCGUGUCCUCGGCCAAGGACAUCGUGACCCAGGUGCUCUCGCUCGACGAUGACCCGUCGCUCAACCCCUGGACGUUCCGCAUGUGGUUCCUCGGUCUCGGCCUGGCUAUCUUCGGUUCGGUGCUGCAGGAGAUUUUCUACUUUAAGCCCCAGGUCAUCUACGUCUCGCUCGUCUUCCUCACUGUCAUCGCGUACGCCAUUGGCGAGGCGAUGGCUGCGGUCAUCCCCAAGUCCGGCUUCAUCGGCCGCUGGUUCAACCCGCACCCGUUCAACCUCAAGGAACACGCCGCCAUCACGCUGAUGGCGUCGGCUGGUACUCAGUCUGCGCUGGCCACCGAGGCGCUUGCUGCCCAGCAGCUCUUCUACGGCGGUUACCCCUCCAAGGCAGCCGGUAUUUUUCUCGUGCUUUCGUCGCAGCUGAUCGGGUACACCAUGGCUGGCUUGCUGCGUAGCGUGCUCGUCUACCCUGUCAAACUGCUGUGGCCUCAGAACCUGCCUCUCACCUCGCUGCUCGAGACGUUCCACGGCAGCAAGGCUCCCGACAGCAAGACGAUCGUCAAGAAGAGGAUGAAGGUCUUCUGGGUCGUCGCCGGCAUCAUCUUUGUGUGGGAAAUCUUCCCCGAGUACAUUUUCCCCGUACUCGAGGGUGUGUCGAUCUUCUGCUUGGCUCGUCAGAACGACAUGGUCUUCACCAACCUCUUCGGUGGUGCUUCGGGUAACGAGGGACUUGGCUUCCUCUCGCUGUGUCUCGAUUGGCAGUACAUCGCCUCGCUCGGCUCGCCGCUGUGGCUGCCGCUCGAGACCAUGGUCAACUCGGUGGUCGGCUACCUCGGCUGCAUCGUCCUCUUCAUGGGCCUGUACUACGGCAACAUCUUCCGCGCCCAGGAUUUCCCCUUCCUCUCGCAGGAGCUCUUCGACAACGCCUCCAACGGCACCAACGCCUUCAUCUACAACCAGACGUCGAUCAUGACGCCCGAGUUCAUCAUCGACCAAAAGGCUCUCGAUGCCCAGGGUCUGCCCUGGAUCACCGCCACCUACCUUGGCUACCUGAUUACCACCAACCUUGGUCUCACCGCCACCUUCACCCACAUGCUCCUGUGGAACUUUGACGACCUCAAGGCCGGUUGGGAGUGGGCGUCGCCAUCCAGCAUCAAGAAAAUGCUUUCGGAUCCCAACUGGUACAAGUUCUGGUACAAGCGUACCGCCGAGGAGGAGGCCGCCUGGGCUGAGGAGAAGCUCAACGACGAGAGGUGCGAUCCUCACUACAAGGUCAUGAUGCGCAACGGCUACAAGGAGGCACCAAUGUGGUGGUGGGGUGCUCUCCUUGUGGUCUCCUGGAUCGUUGGUAUCGUCUGCCUCUACGUGAUGAAGUCAACGCUGCCAUGGUGGGGUUUUAUCCUCAGCAGUCUGUUCACCAUGGUCUUCCUGCUCUUCUUCGGCGCCCAGUAUGGCAUCACUGGAUUCGGUUUCAACAUCCAGCCCAUCUGCCAGAUGCUUGCUGGUUACCUCUUCCCCGGCCGCCCUCUGGCGAACCUCUACUUCACAUGCUACACCUACAACGCCUGCUUGAUGGGCCAGGUGCUUGCUCGCGAUCUCAAGCUCGGGCAGUACGUCCAUCUCAGUCCGUAUUGCACCUUCGCCGUCCAGGUCGUCGGCUGCCUCGUUGGUGCCCUUCUCAAUUACGUUAUGAUGAUUUCAAUCGUCGAUAAUCAAGCGGAGGUUCUUAAGUCGGUCCAGGGCACCAACAUCUGGUCGGGACAGAACAUCCAGCAAUUUAACACGCUCGCUAUUGCGUGGUCGAUCGCCAAGGACAUGUUCUCGAUCGGAGCCAAGUACGAAUGGGUGACGAUCGCCUAUCUGGUGGGCUUCGCGGUGCCGCUGCCGAUGUACUUUGGCAACAAGAUCUGGCCGCACCGCGCAUGGAGCUACUUCAACUUCUCCAUCAUCUCGUGGUACCUCGGCUGGCUGUUUGUGGGCAUCAACGCGUCGAUCAUGUCGUACUUCCUGAUCGGGUUCGGUGCGCAGUACUGGCUGCGAAAGUACCGCCCCGUGUGGUUCACAAAGUACAACUACAUCGUCUCGGCUGCGCUCGACGGUGGUACGCAGACUCUGGUCUUCAUCCUCACCUUUGCUGUCUUUGGCGGCAGUGGCAAGGCUAGGCCGUUCCCGACCUGGGCCGGUAACCCGGACACCUCGGUGCACAACCUCGACUACUGUGCCGUCUCGCCCAUCGUCGUCGAGUAG